AUGGGAAGGCCAGACCUUCACAAGGUAUUCUAUGGCAUGAAUUACACGCCUCGUAAUGCUCAGUAUCCAGAGUGCGGGGUCACUCAGAAAGACGUUACCUUGGACGUUGCUCUGCUGUCGCAGCUCACUGACCGGAUAAGAAUAUACGGUACCGACUGUAAUCAAGGAGCACUGAUCCUAAAUGCUUUCCAGGACCUGGGACUGACCAACAUGUCGUUGUCAUUAGGAAUAUGGAUUGACAAGAGCCACGAGUCGUCAAUUCGCCAACUGACCGAGAUGGAGCACCUUCUGUCGAAAUACCCUCUGCACUACUUCAACUCCAUCCUAGUUGGAAACGAGGUACUUUUCCGAGGAGACCUGUCAACCGGCGAGCUUAUCCGGUACAUUGACUAUGUGCAAGACUACCUUCGAUAUAUCAAUGCCGGACACAUUCCAGUCGGAACGUCCGAAAUCGGGUCGAAAUGGACACCAGAACUAGCCAAGCAUGUGGAUAUCAUGGCUGCCAAUAUCCAUCCAUUCUUUGGAGGAGUCCAUGUCAGUAUUUCGGCCAAAUGGACGUACGACUUCCUGUUGCAACAGGUGGUGCCUCACAUACAUCCCGAGAACGCGACCAGCAUCAUUUCUGAAGUUGGAUGGCCCAGUGGAGGAGGUCAUAUCCAGGGCUCAGUAGCCGGGUUGUCUGAGCUACAAUCAUUCCUGGACAGCUGGAUCUGCGACCCUCUAGACAGCACACAUAAAGACAUUGGCUGGUACUGGUUCGAGGCUAUUGACCAGCCCUGGAAGGAGAGAUGGAACACCCCGGACUCGCAAUGGGAGACCCAAUGGGGCCUGUUCAACGCCGACAGGGAGCUCAAGAACAUCACCAUCCCCACCUGUACCCUCCAGCGGCGAGCCAAAGAAAAAAACUAG